GAUUCCGGGGAUCCACCGGCUGCAGUCAAGUGGAGUUUCGAAGAUUACGGCCCCGAGACCCACGCGCUGGUCACCCAGUUCAAUGGCAGGGAGACGGCGACCGGAUCCUGCUUGGCGUUCGCACCUAGGAACAAGACCGGCAGCAACAACCAGGCGACCCAGGAGGAUUGGCAAGCAGAGACCAAGGACGACUUUAUCAAACUGGAGCCCUGGGCAGUGCCUUGUGGCAACCAGUGGAUGAAGGACCAUUGGGACAAGUGGCAGGGGUAUUCCUUUUACUCGGUGGACUUUUCAAUUGAGAAAUGCCUGACGGUGACUUUCCAGUUGAACAUGCAGCCUGUGGUCGCCUUCGUGGGUGGCAUCCAAUUCGACUUGCUGCCCGGGCCGUUGGCCGAAAUCGACACACAAGUCUGCUGGCCACGGCACCAGCCGGGUGGGCUGGACCUGAGCGUGUUGCGGUCCGUCAUCAAGUCGAACGGCGUGAUGCUCUUCAGCCGGACACUUCGUUUGUCCAAAAGGUUUGGCGACGACACGCACUUCGUGAUGGAGAACGUCCACGGAGGCCACCAGACAGCGCGAAGCUUCUUCGGUGCGUCCGCAACAGAUGGAGAAAGUGGAACCGGCAUGGCAUCAAUGAAGCGAUCGGCCCUUCUGGAGGGCAACCAGACCCGUGCGCAGGCGAAGGCUCGCUUGCAGGAGUCUCUGCACUGGGAGACGGACGAGGAGGAUCUGUACUUGGCUUCGGUCGAAUACGGAGAGGACAUGGGCAUCAACAAGACGUCCGAAGUCCGAGGAUCCUCUGCCAGAGAGCGCAUCAACUCCCUUCAGUCCACGUCCGAGGACCAGUCGGAAGCCGACACCUUCAAGCUGUUCGGCUUCAAGAACCCCGGCUUGGUGAACUUCGAGAUCAGCGGGCUCUUGUCUGGCAACUGGCUUCAGCUUGGCAUGCAGAUGGGCUUCGGACCAGCAUACCAGAGCCCUAAGAUGACCAUCCCGUUGGUGAACCUUGCAGACCAGUUCGCUUUGAUCUUGGCAGCAGUGCCGGACGCGCUGGUUUCCACGGAGAGCCGGGCACGGGCUAUUGCCGCCUUGAAAGACUUCUCGUCUUCGGAUGUCCAAGAGGUCAGGAGCAAAUCCAAGGUGGCAAAGGUGGCAGACGCUGGUCACCAGCAGGGCCAGGAAGGCGAAUGGUCCUUCAGCGUCAACUCGCCGCCCGUCGGCUCGGACAUCAAGCCCCAGGAAAGGCCUGCUGAGGUCCUGCGCGAGUGCCAG